AUGUCUUCUUGGCAGCAGUGCCCACCCCAGAAGGCCCAGCAGCAGCAGGUGAAGCAGCCCUGUCAACCACCUCCUUUCAAAUGUCAAGAAACGUGUGCACCCCAAACCAAGGAUCUGUGGGUUCCCCAGGCCAGGAAGCACUGUCCAUGCAAGGGUACUGCCAUCCCAGCCCAGCAGAAAUGUCCCUCGGCCCAGCAAGCCCCCAAGAGUAAACAGAAGUAG